UCUAUUUAGCAAAAACAAAAGGCAAAUUACAAGAAACAACUUCAUUAACAUCAACAGACACUUUAUCAAAUUCUUCUGAUUCAAACGAACAUUCAAAACAACAAAAAAACUUUAUGUCACGCUCAAUGUUUUUAACUCCAUCAAAACUUUGUUUAACAAAAUUUGCAACAAAUAAUCAAAAUAAAAAUUCUGAAAAUAAUGAGAGUAGCGAGAAGAUGGAUGCCGUUGAAGAAGCAAUACGCAGUUUGGAACAAUUUGAUCCAAAUGAAUUUGUUCAUUAUCAAUAUCAACAAGAUGCUGAAAAUAAUAAUAAAAAUAAUAAUUUUGCUCAAAACCAACCACAACAACAAAUAAUAGCAAUUCAGUCAACUACACCACAACCUAAAUUAUAUAUUGCUAAAACAGAACAACCUAUUUAUUUAAGUCAGCCAUAUUGUUGUUCUGUUACGGCGUCUCCUAUUGUUUUUGAGCAACCCAGCCAUCUAUCUUCUCUCUCUUCCCUUCCUUCUGCCAUCGAAGAUCAACAAUUUAAUAAUAAUAAAAAACUUCUACCCCCUUCACUUCCAUCAAUAUUGCAUAGAGGUACCUCUACAAAUACCGCAUUUUCUUCAUCUUCUGGAUCUGCAACGCCAACACAAACUGCUACUAAUUUUGCUUUGGAUGAGCCAUCAUCAUCCUCGUUUAACUUUUCAAUGGAUGACAAUCAAAAUAAUAACCAAUUUUGUAUUAAUAAUCCAUCUACAAAUACUACAAACACUCCUAGAGCUAAUUCCCCAACUAUUGAUGAAAACGAUGUGGCAAAUGAGGGACAAAAUAAAGUUAUUUCUGAGGCACCACCCAGAAGAGGUGUUACAUUCAAUGAUAAUCUUGUACAACAUUUUUAUGCUCCGUUUGAUGGUCCUCCCCCUGACUACAGUGAAAGUGGAGGUGAUAGUAAUGAUGAUUUGGAUGAUGAUAUUUACAAUGCUGAAGAGCUACCAGAUGAUGAAAUAGAUGCUUUGGAUAGCGUGACAGAUAGCGAAGAAUUUUAUAUAAAUAAUAAAAUUGUGCCAAAUUCUUCAUCAUCUUCUGCUGCUUUAGAGGCAAAAGCUCAACUUCGAAAAAGAUUUUUAUGUUCUCAAUUAAAUGACUGUGCAAAAGUAAUUGAAAUUGGUGCUUUAAAAAUGGGACAAUUUGUGAAUGUUAGCUUAGAAAUUGGUGGAUGGAGGCAACCACAUAUUCUUCGCCAUAAUUUGGGUGCUAUACGUGACACAAUUUAUACUGUUGAAAUUGCUCUUGACGAGUUAGUUGAAACAUUGGGACGAAUUUCUUUACAUAGGAGAGAUCCUCGACAAGAGCAUUUAAGGCUAUUAUUCCAACCUUGUGAAUAUUCUUUAACUUUGUUGAGACGAUUGCGUUCUUCUCUUGAUUCUACUGGUUGGCUACUUUCAACAUUGGCACGCCCUCGUGGCAAUAUUGUUGGACAUGAUGCUCUCGAUCAAGUUGUGGCUCUUCUUCCUCAACUUCCCAGAGACUGUGCUAAACUUGUUCAAUGGGUUUCCUCACUCUCUGCUUGGUCAGAUCCGCAACGUCCAGGACAACUUCCAGCAGUUGUUUUCUUACCUUCGUCAAAUACUUCUAAACCUCAAAGGCAGCAAAAUAGUAAUGAUGGUUUAUUUCCCCUUCCGCAUUUUCCACUUUAUCGUCAACCUUCUCCAACAUCUUCACUUCAAAAUUUUUAUUAUUCAUCGUCUGGCGGGGAGGAAGAGAUGAGAGAGAAGAAUUCAAAAGGAUUGGCUGAUAUAAUGGAUGGAGGGGAAUCAACAUCUUCUACAACAAGCUCAGUGCAAACAACGCUUGAACAAACAACUCCACAAAAACAAUUAAAACAGCAGCAACAACCAGAACAAAUAUCAAAUGAGAGAGAUAAUAAUAUUGAAAAUACUGAUUUGGUACUAGAAGAAGAUGAUUUGGCUAGUGUAUUAAGUGUUGAUUCUAAUACAACAACUGAAGGUGGACAACAACAUCAAUUAUCACCACCUAAUCGACAUUUCUGUAAUACUGGAGUAUUAUCCUCAAAGCUUGGUAUUUGUCGAGUUAAUGCCGAAUUGGCUCGUUCUUUGGCACCUGAACAAAGAGAUUUAUUUAGAAUAUGGGAACCACAAGUAGAAACACAUAUUGAUACAAUCUGCUCUAUUAUUGAACAAUUUUUUGUUUUACUCGAAGAAAAUAAAGAACCAACACCUGCAGGUUUUCAAAAAAUUCAAAUGGUAUAUAUUGAAGGUCAUUCUUUGGUUGGAAUUGGACGUGUAAUAUGCCGAGAUGAUGUUGUUUUAAAACAUCGACCACUAAAUGCAUUUAUAGAACAUGAGUGCUCAAAGUUGGACUUGUUGUUAAAUGAAUGUUUGUCUAAUGCAAAAGUUGCUAAAAGUCAUUCGCAAUCCAACAAUCAAAACAACAACAAAAACAACCAGUCAUCUCAACAAACUGUACCAGCUAUUCGGAGUAUGUGUAAAGCAGUUGUUUCAGUAUCAGAAUCUGUUGGACAUUUACGAUUAUUUUGGAGGGCAUGUUGUGGAUAAAAAUGUGAGUGAAAUAAAA